CUAAAAGGCUCCUGGCUCCUGCCCAGGACCCGGCAGCGCGGAUGGAGCAGUCCUUGGAGUCAGGCGGGUUUUUAUCCGUGCGGGAGUAGCCGCUUUUGCUCUCCUGGUGCCUUUCACCCAAGGCAUCCAAAGCACUCUGUGUAAUCCAUGAGUUAAGCAUGGCAACACGGCUGCCAGACUCAACAACCCAGAAAACAAAGGAAGAUGUUUUACCCUUCUGCUGCUGACCAGGGAAAAGGGUUUGGAUCCCACAGCAGCUGGUCCGGGCACCAGCCUGCUCAGAGUGAUCGCUCCUGGCCAGGAUUGUUCCCGGUUUGUCCCCAGCUGAGCUCUCCGUGCCCAUGGUGCUGCAGAGGGCGGCUGAGCAGGGCCAUGCAUCAUCUCUUCGGGCUGGUUUUGGCACAGAAGGACCUGUCCCGGGCGGGGGAUCUCUUCUCCCUGGAGGAUGCUGAGAUCGAAGGAAGCCUCUCCGAAGCUCUUGAACAGAUCAGAAUCAUUAGUUCAGCUGCAGAUUACCAGACCAAUGACAACGACCAGGCUGUGGUGGAGAUCUGCAUCACACGGAUCACCACGGCCAUCAGGGAGACUGCAUCCAUCGAAAAGCACGGGAAAGCCCUGGUGGCUCUCUGGGAGUCGUGUCUGGAGCACAACCUGAAACCCUCCGGCAAAGACGAGGAUGCCCCGCACGCCAAAAUUGCAUCUGACAUCAUGAGCUGUAUCCUGCAGAAUUACAACCGGCCUCCAGUGAUGGCCCUGGCUGUGCCAGUGGCAGUGAAAUUUCUGCAGAGGGGCAAUAAGGAGCUGUGCAGGAACAUGUCCAGUUACCUGUCCUUGGCUGCCAUUGCCAAGGCAGAGCUGCUGGCUGAGCACACAGAAACCAUCCUCAGGAGCGUCCUUCAAGGGAACUCCAUGCUGCUGCGGGUGCUGCCCGCGCUCUACGAGCAGCAGCCGCAGCCGAUCCGCGCCCGCCUGCGGGACCUGGUGGCACCCAUGGCCCAGCUGGACCCCCCCGAGCAGCUCCACCUCCUCAGGCUCCUGCACACCGUGGCCAGGAAGAGAGAACUGGGGGUGCUGAAAGAGUGUUUGCCAUUUUUAUUUGGACACCUGAGGGACCCCAACCACAGUGAGGUGAUUCUAAACAUCCUUCUGGAAAUAUCCAGCUACGAACCCGCAGCCUUGGCCCCUUUCCUUCCCACGCUGAGGGAAAUUGGUGAGAGUUUUCCCAGUUUGAUUGGGCAGACAGCAAAGAUCUUCGGAGCUGUUGGACAUCUCGAUGAGGAACGAGCCAGAACGUCCCUGCUGUAUCUGGUGAACCAGCUGGCCAGCAUGGAGCACUCCUUUCACCACAUCCUCCUGCUGGAGAUCAAGAGCCUCACGGACACCUUCUCGAGCAUCCUGGGCGCCCAGAGCAGAGACAUUUAUCGCAUGAGCAACAGCUUCUCUGCCAUCGCCAGGCUGCUCGUGCGGCAGCUCGACACCGACGGUGCGGCGGCAGCCAGGAUGGAAAACGACCCUGAGGCAGAAUGCCCUGUACCACUGGAUGAUUUAAAAUCUGUGGUGAACAGCAGCGAGGAAGAUGAAAAGCUGCAAGUUAAAAUCCAGGCUUUUGAAGAGAAAAUAAAUGUGGACAACAGCACCCCUGGCUCAGCGAGGAGAUACAGCCUGGGCCAGGUCUCUAAAGAAGAAAGGAAGGACAUGAGGUUUAACAGGUCCAAGAGCCUGGCCCUGCACGCACUCAGGAUGAAGGGACUGAGCUCGGAGGGAGGGGAGAAUGGGGAGAUCCCUGCUGGCAUCUCCUUCUCCGAGAUCUGCCUCAGCCAGGAGCACCAGAUGCUGCCUUUUGGGGUCCACCCUGAAGCAGUGCACGUGGGGAACUCCCUGGUUUCCCCCCAAAGUGCUGAUUACCCCCAGGCAGCCAGCCUGCCACGACUGACCCCGGAAAAGGCUGUGGAGGGCAGGGCAGAGGCAGCCACGGGCCCUGUGGAAUGCCAGGACAAGCUGUACCUGCACCUGAAGGAAAACCUGGGCAAAGUAAAAGAAUACGUGCUGGAGAUGGGGAGGAGGAUUCCCAUCCCUGAGCAGUGUGUGGUCGAAGACACUGUUCAAAGCUGCGUGGCAAAGCUGUUCUUCAGCUGCGCCCUGAAGGGCCACUACUGCCUGUACAGCAAGUCCAGCUUCACCCUGGUGAGCCAGCAGCCUCCCCUCUGGAUCCACAUCAUGUUCCUGUUCCAGCAGAGCCUGUUUGCAGAACCUUUGUCGAUACAAAGCAGCUCUGUGCAAGUCCUCAAGGCCCUGUGGGAGAAGACACAGCUCAAGGGGAUGCACAGCUUUGAGACUGCCAUGAUCCAGUCCACGUUCCCACAGCAGAAGGACCUGGAGAAUGUUCAGAUGCAGCUGGAGGAGGUGAGGUUCUUCGAUUUAUUUGGCUACAGCGAGGAGGCAGGAGCCUGGCAGUGCUUCAUGUGCAACAACCCCGAGAAGGCAACAGGCGUGAACCAGGACGGGCAGCCCCUGAUGGAGGGCAAGCUGAAGGAGAAGCAGGUCCGCUGGAAGUUCAUCAAGAGGUGGAAAACGCGUUACUUCACCCUGGCUGGCAACCAGCUGCUGUUCCGCAAGGGCAAAUCCAAGGACGACCCCGACGAGUGCCCCAUCGAGCUGAGCAAGGUGCAGAGCGUCAAAGUGGUGGCGAAGAAGCGGCGGGACCGGAGCCUGCCCCGCGCCUUCGAGAUCUUCACGGACAGCAGGACCUACGUGUUCAAGGCCAAGGACGAGAAGAACGCCGAGGAGUGGCUGCAGUGCCUCAACGUGGCCGUGGCGCAGGCGCGCGAGCGCCAGAGCCGAGAGGCCACCACCUACCUGUGAGUCUGGGGACAUCACCUACCUGUGAGUCUGGGGACAUCACCACAAACCCCACCUGUGACCCUGGGGACAUCGCCUACCUGUGAGUCUGGGGACAUCACCUACCUGUGAGUCUGGGGACAAACCCCACCUGUGACCCUGGGGACAUCGCCUACCUGUGACCCUGGGGACAAACCCCACCUGUGACCCUGGGGACAUCGCCUACCUGUGAGUCUGGGGACAAACCCCACCUGUGACCCUGGGGACAUCGCCUACCUGUGAGUCUGGGGACAAACCCCACCUGUGACCCUGGGGACAUCACCUGUGACCCUGGGGAUAAACCCCACCUGUGACCCUGGGGACACCACCUACCUGUGAGCCUGGGGACAUCACCUACCUGUGACCCUGGGGACAUCACCUACCUGUGAGCCUGGGGACAUCACCACAAACCCCACCUGUGACCCUGGGGACAUCACCUACCUGUGAGCCUGGGGACAUCACCUACCUGUGACCCUGGGGACAUCAGCCACCUGUGACCCUGGGGACAAAUCCCACCUGUAACCCUGGGGACAUCACCUCCCUUUGACCCUGGGGACAAACCCCACCUGUGACCCUGGGGACAUCACCUACUUGUGACCCUGGGGACAAACCCCACCUGUGACCCUGGGGACACCACCUACCUGUGACCCUGGGGACACCAAACUGUGCCCGUGUGGCACCAGGGGACACCCACCAGGCCACCCCCAGGCCCUGUGGGAAGCCAGAGCCAGAGGGCUGCUGGGACAAUGACACCUCCAGGGCCGCGGUGCCACCGUGGGCGCGCGCCCUGGCACGGGGACACUGCCCGCUGCAGCAGCACCAGGUCCCUGAGCCUUCCCUGGAAAAAAAUCCAGGGUUUUUUCCUUCAGCCUGAUGUCCUGAAAGCCCGGGGAUGUGGUGAGAAACCCAAGCCCUCGGCAUGAGGUGCACCAGGGCUCUGACACUGCCAAGAGAGUUCCAGGAGGGAGGACUUUCUGCUUUCCUCAAUCGACUUGAUGUAAAAAAGUUAAUUUUCCAUAUUUAAUCCUGGUGGACUUUGUCCUUUUGUUGUUUAUGUGCUGCUUUCAGGUUUAAAUUGGGAAAUUCGAAAGAUUUUGUACAGCUGGAAAAUAAUUUUAAAUAUUUAAGUGAUUU